CGUCCGCCGUCGGUCGAGGACCACGUGUGCUUGCGUCGCGUCGACGUGCGCCGUCAGGUUGCCCGUCACGCGCAUCAGUCAACCCCCCGUGAGCCGAGCGGAGCAUCCCGUUCCGCGGUGAUCGAGCAAAACAAAAAACAAACUUCCCACGGGCGAACCGUUUUCGCCACGCACGUCGCGCGCACUGCGUUCCCCUUCGUUCGAUCGUCCGACCGCGAGAGUGACGGGAAACGGUGAGAUCGUCUCGCGCACGUGACAAACGAACGAUGAACGUCGCUGGAAAGUUCUCCGCGGUAUUUCACAAGUGUCUCUCGUGCGAACUCGCCGGAUAAUCGUGCUCGGAGAGUUCUCCUCGAGUUCGUGCGCCAGCAGAGCAACAGAGGGAGGAGUCUAAUUGAAGGAGCUCGCGAUCUCGCGAAGCGGAUCGGCGGGAAAGCGCGGCAAGCCGAAAGGGACGAGCGAGGGGUGCGGACGGAUCGGCAGGGAAUCCGGCCUCCACGGUCCCGCGCUUUUGCCCUCGGAUAUUCGAAACGCGCCGGUGUCCGGGUGAUCCAGUGACGGUGUCGCGGUGUCCGCUCAAUUUUCGUUCGGAUCGAUUUCACAGUGUUCGCGGCCAUUGGCGAGCGAACGUGAUUGCAGCAGCAGCAGCAGCAGCAGCGGCGGCGGCCCUCCGCGCUCGCCGCGUCGUCGUUGCUUGGACCAAUUCCAGACAAACCGAAAAUCUGUGGUGACCCAACGUGAUCGAAGAUCUCCGCAGUGGGGCUCGUUUUUUUAUUCGACUCGAUAGGCCGGGCUGGGGUCGACGAACGAGCACGGCCGCGACUCGCCGAUUAAUCGCGCUUAUUUCGGCUGGUCCCUUCCUCUGCUCCCUACGCCGGUGUUGCUCGCCAGCGAGGACUCCCGGAGAGAGUGUCCCGCGUCGGCCGGACUGUUUUCGACGUUCGGAACUCGAGAUGGCUCGCGGAAAUCGAUCCCGGCAACACUUAACCACUCCAUUACGGCUGGAGCGUCGUCGCUCUCUUCCUUAACCAUCCUCCGGCUAAUCGAGAGAGUUCGGCAGGAUCCAGCGGUGCAAGUUUGCCGGCUUCGCCUGUUCGAUCGGCGACGUGAAGCUCGGAAGUCCGGUGUAUCGUAGCAGCGUGGAUUUCGGAAGACUCCGGCGGAGAUCCCAUCGAUUCCGCUGGUCGAUCGAACGAGAGGACGGGGCGAGCCUAAAACGCGAGCUGGCCGUGUGAACGGGAAUUCCGCGGCAGCUCGGGACCGUUUAUUCCGACCGGCAUAGGAGAUCGGUUCGGAGGCCACCGUGAAACGACGCGGCGUAACGAUAUCAUCCUGGCCAAAGGGACCGGGGGUUAUUUUCUGAACGAGACGGUGACCGUUGGUGCGGUAAAUUCUGCGGCCUCGGUGGACAUACCAUGGUCACCGGUGAUUGCGGGUAUCAUGUUCGUCGUUGCAGGUUAUUGGCUGCAGCGGCGCGCGGUUAGAUCGAAAGUGCGGCAGGUUUUCUAGCGGUCCGGGGGCUACUACGCGUGUCCGACGCUUUAAUAACGGGCGUAGAGUGGAUGAAAGGCAGGCGGAAAAAAAGAAACGAGGGUGAAGCGUGCGCGCGGGGAUCGUGGUACGCGGUGGUCGAUGCGGUGCCGCGGCAGCUUUAAUUAGUGUUUAACCGGAGAAGAAAAACACGAGUGAUAUUUGUUCGGCGAGACAGAGGACGGUGAUCGGUUCACGGCGCGCCGGUACGAGCUCGGCAGCGCGUGCACGCGUCGAGCGUCCAGGUAGACGCAGUUCCCGACGUCCGACGACGUCUCUGGAGAAAUCGAGGGGGCUCGGAUGGCGCGGGAGAAAUGCGAAACUCGUGCAGCUUCGCGAUGAUCGUCGACGCUGCGGAAUGCCCAGCGAGCGAGCCUGAAGCGCGAGAGAGCGGGAACAACUUCGGCUCCGCGCGGAGAUGACUCAACGCUAUCCGAUCUUUAGGCUAGCAACCCAGCCGAGAGCUCCGACUCGAUAGGACGGAACCAUUACCGUAGCUCGCUUUCGGUUCGCCUCGAAGUGCCGGCUUUCGUGAUCAAACUAACGAGGAAUAACGAGAGAACAUGUGGAGUGUACUGUUGUUAUUCGUUGGACUAACGAAGGCUGUUUCCUACGUCGCCGGGAUUACUACCACCGUCGACGAAAAAUCAGUUCCACUGGUGAAUGUCAGCGUCGUAGAAGGAAAGCCCGCGGAACUGCCAUGCGACAUCACUCCACCCGGAGAGGACACCCUGCAUAUGGUUUUCUGGUUCAAGGACGAGGCUGGAGUACCCCUGUACACCAUCGACGCCAGGGAAAAACCGGUGAACAAGGCGCAGCACUCCUCCGACUCCGGGGUGUUCGGCCCGAGGGCGUAUUUCAGGACGUCGUUCCCGAACCCGGCGGUCCUGGUGAUCGAGGACAUCAAGAGGCAUGACGCGGCCACCUACCGGUGCAGGGUCGACUUCCGGAAAGGCCAGACGCGCAGCUUUCGCUACAACCUGACCGUGAUCGUGCCGCCGGAACAACCGACCAUAUUGGAUCAAUGGGGAAGAAUAGUAAACGGGACGGCUGGACCAUACGAGGAAGGCGACACGCCGUCGCUGACCUGUCGCGUCACCGGAGUGAAACCGCUGACGGUGAUCAUAAGAAGGCCGGGGAAGAUGGGAGUCGGGACCGAGUCUCUAUUGGCUGGGAAACGGUACGACGUGGAGUGCGAGACCACCGGAUCCAGGCCGCCGGCGGUGAUCACGUGGUACAAGGGACGGAGAAGACAGCUGAAGCACACCACGGAGGAGCGCACGGAGAACCGCACGGUGAGCAUGGUGGAGUUCGAGCCCGGCGUGGAGGACCACGGCAAGUCGAUCACCUGCAGGGCCGAAAAUCCGAACGUGACGGGGCUGUUCGUCGAGAAAUCCUGGAAAAUCGACGUCGUCUAUCCGCCGAUCGUCUCGCUGAACUUGGGAUCGACGCUGAGCCCCGAGGACAUCAAGGAAGGCGACGACGUUUACUUCGAGUGCCACAUCAGAGCCAAUCCGCCCUGGUCGAAGCUCACGUGGAUACACGACAAUCAAAUCCUGGCGCACAACACGUCGGCGAGGAUAAUCUGGUCGAAUCAGAGCCUGGUACUGCAAAGCGUGACGAGGAGCAGCGCCGGCAAGUAUGUCUGCGCAGCGACGAACGACCUGAACGAAACGCGGAGCGAGCCCCUUCAUUUUCGCGUCAAGUUCGCGCCGGUCUGCAAGGAGGACCGCAUCAUCGUGGUGGGAGCGUCGAGGGGCGAGUCCCUGGACAUCGCCUGCCGCGUCGAGGCCGAUCCGCCGGCGCACCAUUUCCGAUGGAAAUUCAACAACAGCGGGGAGAUGCUGGAGGUCGCGCCGGGCAGGUUCUCGAUGGAGAAGUCGAGCGGCGUGAGCGUGCUGAGGUACACGCCGGCCACCGACCUGGAUUACGGCACUCUGUCCUGCUGGGCGGACAAUUUUGUCGGUACACAGGCGAGGCCGUGUCUCUUCCAGCUGGUAGCCGCCGGAACACCGCGGCCGGUACGUAACUGCACGCUCGAGAACCAGACCUACAGCAGCGUCGAGGUGAAAUGCUCCCCGGGCUACGACGGAGGUCUCCCCCAGAAAUUCAUCCUCGAGGUGUACCACGGCGACGUGGACUCGCUGUCGAACAGCCAGCCCCUCUACAACGUGUCGAACGCGGACGAGCCGAGCUUCUCCCUGGCCGGGCUCGAAGCGUCCGUGGAAGCGGGCGUGCACGUAGCCGUUUACGCGGUCAACGCCAAGGGACGGAGCGAACGGGUCGUCCUCAGCGAGGUCACCUAUCGGGACGCCGAGAAACGCACCGGGCAAGACGCGGGGCUGGUGCUGUCGCCGCUGAUCGGCGUGGUGGUCGGCGCGAUGGUCACCCUGGUGCUGAUCAUCCUUGUGGUCGUCGUGCGCGUCCGCCGCGACAGGGUGUCGAAACCGAGGCACGAAAAACCGGCGGAACUCAGCGAGCUGCCGCCGCAACAGUACCCGAUGCAGAACCCGCCGCAGACAGUGGAAACCGACCCUGAUGUUAUUCCGAAUAAGUUCGGUAAGUUCACCGUGCUCGUCCUUUAA